AUGGACAUUGAGGGAAAUGCUGUUAUUAAGGAAGAAGCUACAAGGUUCUUUAUUCAGCUACUGGGAGGUAAUGUGGAUACUUCUAAUUCUGAAGCAAGAAGAAACCCGCUAGAAUCCUUCCUAUGGUUAGGAUCAAUGACCAAGAAGCUGCUUAGAUGGGACGAGGAGGAGGAAAUUGCUUCUAUCAGAUCAGCAACGAAAUCAUCUAUUGAAGUAUUGAAGAAGGUGACACUCAAACUCGAUGAUUCUUGUUCAAAAAGAGAAUGUGCAAUUUGUUUGGAGACGUUUUGUGCGGGGUUGGAGGUCACUCGCAUGCCAUGCUCGCAUAUGUUUCAUGGCAAUUGCAUUGCCCGAUGGUUGGAGAAGAGUAGCUUGUGUCCCCUAUGCCGCUUUGCCAUGCCUGUUCACUAA